AUGCAUCAUCCUACUGAUACAAUAAUGAAUAUAAACAUAUCACCAUUAUCAUCGAAUCAAAUUGAACAAGAAGAAGUUGUUAGUAUUCAAUCUACUGAACGACGUCGGCCUGGUCGUUUCAAUGUUAUUGAAGCAUUAAAGGCAAAGACGUUUGAUAAUGGGGAAUCGAAGAAUCCUGUUCCAGUUGUUGAAGAAUGUCUCACACCCAGAGAGUAUUGCCUAAAUAUACACAGAUAUGAAAGUCUUUUCUUUGAUCCUAUUACAGAAAGACCAGCUAUUAAGCAUGAGCUUCAGUUAUUGGCCACAGGAUUAAAAAAAGUCGGGAACGAGCUGGGAAAACAACCAGAAUCUGAAAUUUUAAUCAAAUCAUUGUUCGAACUCAUGGAUUUGUCUUCUAAUGAAGUUUGUCAAGAAUGCCUACGAAUCUAUUCAAUGCAAACAUUUCUCUAUUCACACCUCAAUCAAUUUUUACGCGAAGCUGAUCAUUCAAAAAUCAAAAUAUACGGACCAUUUGUUCGCCUUCUAUGUCUUUGUUUCCAACAUCCUUCAUCAGUCGAAGUUCAUGGUAUAACAGUUUACCGUGGAAUGAAUUUAUCAUUGUCUAUGAUCGAUGAUUACAAAGAGGCUGCGAAAAAUAGCAUAUCAUACCGAUGGUCUGGUUUUAGUUCAACAAGUAAAAGUCAAGAAUUUGCUGAAUUUUUCGAUACUAAUACAGUGUUCAUUAUGCAACUAAAAAAGAUCUAUUCAAGACAAAAGAAGGCUAUUGAUAUUAGUGACUAUUCACAAUUUCCAGAAGAAGAGGAAAUAUUGUUAAGAACAGGUGUUGAAUUUACGGUCGAAAAUGUUAAUUAUGAUGGUAAGAAGAAAAAACAUUAUAUUAAUCUUAAUGUUUAUGUUUAACGAUCUCCAUGUAAACUUAAAACAGACUGCUAGAGUUUUUAUCUGACAGUAUUUCAAUAAAUUACAGUAUGAAUAAAAAAGAACACCGUGAUCACUAUUUCGACCAUCUUCUUGGGUCGCAUUAGACGACUUAAAUCGAGUAAAUAAACUAUUCUGACGAUCCAAAGAUCACACAUAUAACAUAUGAUAUAUAUGCGGGUAUGGGUGUACGUGUGGAUGUGGGUGUGAGCGUGCGGUGAGUAUGGGUGUGGGUUUGAGAAUCUUUUCCUUUAUCAGGCACUCUGACUCUCUCCGCACAUACAACCACGCCGACACCCACACCCAC